GCACAUCUCACAUAACCUGUUUAACUACAACGCCACCCUAUUUCGUUUUUCCGAGUUUACACAGCGUUUACAGUUAUACCGAAAGGUAGAUGCUUCCUCACAAUCAGAAACAAAAAUUUGAUAAAGUUUUGAAAAAAAACUUAAGGUGAAGCGGUAUAAUUAUUUUCAAAAGUGCGAACUGGAGUGACUCUUUUUUUGCUCCAAUAAUUAAAAAUAGAACAAGAAUGAUGCCUGUCAAAACAAGAGUUAUAAGCAGCUGUAUUUCGUGUGCAAUGUGUAUAUAAUUUGGAUACAAAUGUCAAGCCUCAGAUAGGGAAUUUUUUUCCAGGAUUUGACUAUGCAGCCUGUAAUCAGAGUGAUAUGUAACAAAAGUUUUUAAAAAAUUCAGAAUGGUUAAUGGUUACAGUUUUAGAUAGAAGAGAAGCAUUUAUUUUUUAACAAUAACAUCGGAAAAAUAAAAUAUGCCUGACAAUGGAAAAACCGAAGAGAAUGAAAUUGAAAGUGAGAAAAUGCUUGACCAAAGGCGCAGAGAUUCUACUUCACAAACACAACAAAAUCCAAGACAAACGAUAAAAUAUGUCCCAGGUCGUGGAGCAUCGCGAUAUGAUAAUGCAUUACGAAAUCUCAUACCUUUGCGGCCAAAAGUGCGGGAAAAGCCACCUGAAGAAAAUGUUGGUUUAUUUUCUUUUCUCUACCUGACAUGGUUCACCAAAUAUCUCUGGAAAGCAUAUCGCAAGGGGAUCCAAAAAUGCGAUUUACCAAGCAUAUCUCCAUAUAAUGGUUGCACUUACAAUUGUCAAAGACUGGAAAUUCUCUGGAAGGAGGAAUUGGGUAGGCGGGGUUCGGAUGGAGCAUCUUUUACAUUAGUCGUAUGGAGAUUCGCUCGAACAAGAAUAAUCUUUUCUUGCAUUCUCUACAGCUGCUCUGUCAUUUGUGGAUUUUUAAGUCCUGCAAUACUGAUGCGAAAAGUAUUGGAAUAUAUUCAAGAGACUGAGGAUUCUUCAUUAUAUGGAAUAAAAUGGGCUUUCCUUCUGAUUUUAUGCGAACUUGGUCGAUUAACAUUUAUCAAUUGGAGUUGGACUCUGAAUAUAACAACUGCUAGAAGACUGAAAUCCGCAUGUUUAGCUUUGUUGUAUAAAAAAAUUAUUGGCUUGAAUAGUCUUGGAAACAAAAGCACUGGAGAGCUCAUAAAUGUGUUUUCUUCGGAUGGACAAAAAGCAUUCGAAUUGAUGAUUUUCGGUCCACAAAUUGUUGGGGGUCCGAUAGCCACCAUUUUUGGCAUCGCAUACAUUUUGUGGACACUUAGUCCUACGGCACUUCUGGGAAUGUUCAUUUUUGCACUCUUUUAUAUACUCCAGUUCGUUCUGACACGCAUCACAAAAUAUUAUAAGUCCAGGUGCUUAAAAGUCGCGGAUAUUAGAAUAAAGACGAUUAGCGAGAUUUUAGAGUGCAUAAAGUUUAUUAAACUCUAUGCCUGGGAAAAAUUCUUCACUCGCGAUAUUCUCCGAAUUCGUCAAGAGGAGAAAAAAUGGCUUUCGAAACUCGCAUUUUACGACAGUACGACUCUUUCUCUGACACCAACGAUUUCAAUUGUAGCCACUAUUGUUACUUUUCUAGCUCAUUUAGCGACUGAAGAAAAUUUGACUGUUGCGCAAGCAUUUCCCAUUUUGACCGUCAUUGGGAUCAUUUUAACGCAGGCGUUCUUCGACAUUAGAGAUGGCACACAAAGUUAUAUCCCUGCCCGUUUUGCUUUUAGCAAAUUCAAGGUUUUUCCACUAUUAUCGUUCCUUAAUGUACAGACACGCAGCGCUCUCACGAUUGUGUAUUAUGCUCUCUUAAACAUUGUCGAAGGAAAUUUAACAUUCAGCAGAUUCAAGAGUGUCUUACUACUUGAAGAAACCAACUGCCACAUAUCGAAACCAAUCGUAAGGUCACAAGCUCUGGCGAUACUAAAUGGUAAAUUCGUUUGCGAUAGUUACGAAACUCGACCUGCUUCAAUUAAUUCCAAUCCCGGGGAGGGGAAAAAAGCGAAAAAGAAAAAGUCGAAACGACCCAUGUUGGAGAACAAGCGUAUCGAAAUUCUUUCCGAUGUAACAUUCGAAGCCGCAAAGGGCCAUCUAAUUGGAAUUUGUGGUCAUGUAGGAAGUGGAAAAUCAAGUUUACUUUUGGGAGGUUUGGGACAGUUGCGAAUGAUUACUGGACAGACAAUGAGGGACGGUACCUGUGCUUAUGUUGGACAACAAGCUUGGAUAAUCAAUGCAACUUUUAAAGAAAAUGUAAUAUUUGGAGAAAGAUUCGAUCCUAAACGGUACUACAGAGCACUUUCUAUAUGCAGUUUGAAAGAAGACAUUAAUAAUUUACCGAGUGGGGACGAAACGGAAAUCGGGGAGAGAGGAGUGACUUUGUCUGGAGGACAGAAACAGAGACUUGCUCUUGCCAGAGCCUUUUAUGCUAAUCGGGAUAUUUACUUCCUCGAUGAUCCUCUAAGCGCAGUUGAUCAUGAAGUUGGGAAUUCCAUAUUUGAAAAUUUAAUUCUUGAUGCUCUGGAGAACAAAACUGUUCUUCUUGUGACUCACCAAGUUCAAUAUCUCAAUCGGUGUGAUGAUAUUUAUAUGAUGUACAAUGGCAGAAUUAUUGAACAUGGGAAUCAUGAUGAGCUGAUGCAUGCAGACAAAGAAUACGCUAACAUGGUCAGAAAUACUCUUAUAGAUUCGCAAGACAGUUCUCCAGAAGAGGAUCAGGAUACUGAAAGCCAAGAAUCAGAUACUAAGGAAGAAACGGAAGUCAAACCCGAUUUGAAACCACGAAAUUCGAUAGUGAGAAGUUGUGGUGUUGAGAAUAAGACUGAUAAAACAGAUGGAACUGGAAAAAUUUUAACAACAAAAGAAAAUAUCGAACGUGGAUCGAUCUCAGCAAAUACUUUCCACGUUUAUAUAAAAGCUGCGGGAGGAUAUUUCCUUGCUUUUCUAGUAUUUCUAGUAUUUCUUCUAAAUGUAGGAAGUGUUACAUUCAGUUCUUGCUGGUUGGCUUAUUGGUUAAAGGAAGGCGAUGGAAAUACAACCAUAACAGAGAGAAAUGAAACAGUACAAUCAAGCAACAUCAGCCAGAAUCCGGAUUUCAGUUAUUACCAGACAAUCUAUGCCAGCUGUAUUUUUGUUAUUUUGCUCACGAGUAUUUUACGAGCAUUUGCGAUUACUGGUAUAACAAUAAAAGCCGCAACUUCUUUACACAAUCAACUAUUUUCCAAAAUGAUUGGAUCUUCUAUCAGAUUUUUCGAAACAACCCCUGUUGGAAGAAUACAGAAUUUGUUCAGCAGUGACAUGGAUGUAGUGGACAACGGCAUGAGAAUAUCCCUUGAAAUGUUUUUGCAGAGUAUUCUUACAUGCAUUUUUGCUAUUUUAAUAAUUUGCUACGUAUUUCCCUGGUUUGUCAUUCCUUUGCUAGUUUUGGCUGGACUUUUCUACUUUGUUGGCAAAAUUUUCAGAGUGGGUGUGAGAGACUUGAAGAGAUUCGAAAACGCUUCGCGUUCGCCAGUUUUUAGUUAUCUAACAGCGACUACUCAAGGACUUCAUACUAUUCGAGCUUUCAAUAAAGAACAGGAGUUUAUUGUCAAAUUUCAAGAAUUAUUGGACGAAAACUGUUCAUAUGAAUAUUUUCGAAAUUUGGCAUCGCGAUGGUUGGCAAUUAGAUUCGAUGGUUUAUCCGUAUUUUGUACUUUUAUAGUUUUGAUAAUCGUGAUAUGCCUUAAAGGUCACGUGUCACCGGCUUUAGCUGGUUUAGCUUUGGCUUUCGUGGCUCAAACUUCAGGACUUUUUCAAUUUUCCCUGAGAAUUAUUUCCGAACUAGAGACUCGAUUCGUAAACGUCGAGAGAAUGUGUUACUUCUUGAGGGAAAUGGUUAAUGAAAAUAAAAAAGCGAAAGUUACGAUCACUCCCGCUGAGGAAUGGCCUACACAAGGUACUAUCGAAUUCAAAGACGUUCAAAUGAGUUACGACGAAAACCUCGCUCUUGUUUUAAAUAAGAUAUCAUUUUCCAUCAAAGAUGGAGAGAAAAUAGGUAUCGUUGGAAGGACUGGAGGAGGCAAAAGUUCCCUCAUCGUCGCACUUUUCAGACUUUGCGAAAUUUCUGGUGGAAAGAUAACAGUCGAUGGUAUCGAUGUAUCAAAAAUUGAGCUCGAACUUCUCAGAAGUAAAAUUUUCAUCAUUCCGCAAGAUCCUGUACUAUUCGGCGGAACCAUUAGAGCCCAUGUGGAUCCUUUUGGAAAUUAUAAGGAUUUGGAAAUAUGGACUGCUCUCGAAAAGUCGCGAAUAAAAGACAAAGUAGUUUCCAUGCCCGGCCAACUGAAUGAACCUGUUAAAGCUGGAGGAAGCAAUUUAAGCAUGGGUGAAAGACAACUUUUAUGCUUGGCAAGAGCUGUUCUCUGUCGAAGCAAAAUUCUAAUACUGGAUGAGGCAACAGUCUCCGUGGAUCCUGAAACGAGUUUAAUUCUCGAUCAAACAAUUCGAGAGGAAUUUGCAAAUUGCACAGUCAUCAUAAUAGCCCAUCGCCUACAAACGGUUGUAACCUGCGAUCGUGUUAUUUUUAUUGAAAACGGACAAGUCGCUGAAUUGGGAAAACCCUCAGAUCUUCUUUCCAAUCCAUACUCAAAAUUUGCGAAAAUGAUGAAGAGUAUGGAAAAAUCGGUGAGGGAUUUUUAAAACGAGAACUUUUUUUUUUUAAGUACCAAAUCGUGAUUUGCAAUUAUUUUUAGAACGAGUCUUAGUGUCUUAAAAAGUCAUGAUUAAAAAUGGACUUGUUAUUAAUAUAAGAAAAAAUCACUUUCGCCAAUUUGAGCAUGUUUUUUUUUUUAAUUUCUGUAUUAUUUAACCCUUUUUUAUACACUUUCUGUACAUAAUUUUAAAAUGUAAACUCAGUUUAUAAUCUUGUGACUUUCGUAACUUUAGAACAAGAAGUACAGAAUUUAUAAUUCCUGUUUGUCUAACUUAGAUACUGGCUUUAUAAAGAUCACCAACAAUUCGCUUUUAAAAGUGAUCAUUUUUAUAUUUAUACAAGAGUUAAAUGUAUUUUGUAACGAAAGGACUUAUAUAAAAGUUAGUGUUAAUAAAAAUUAAAUGU